AAUAACUAGUGUAUAAACCUACUUCACGAUCUAGUGAAUUAUUUUCCACUUUCUGUUUCAAUCUUAUGAAGUUGCGAAGCUAAUGCUGAAAGAUCAUUCAGUUUAUAAUUAAACAAACGUAUUUUAUCAGUCAUAAGAAAAAAAGCAUAUUAUUGCAUUCAUAAAAAAAAUCGAGAAUGGCUAAUAAUGUAUAUUUUUUAGAAGAAGACAGGAGUGAAGGCUCGGUUGAAAUGGAACAACAAGAUGAUGAUGCAGAGAACGAAGAGACAGAAAAGAUUCUGAUUAUAGAUCCUGAUAGCGAAGAAUUAGAUUUCAAUCAUUCAAGGCUUACAAAAUUAGAGAACUUGGAACCAUUAACUAAAACGCGAAAGUUAUGUUUUACAUGGAAUUUAAUCAAGAAAAUCGAAAACCUUGACACUCUUUCUACUUUAGUUGAAUUAGAGCUUAGAGAUAAUCAAAUUACUAUAAUAGAAAAUUUGGAUGCUCUUGUGAAUCUUGAGCUUUUGGAUCUUUCUUUUAAUCGUAUCAAAAAAAUUGAAGGAUUAAACAAUUUAUUGAAUUUACAUAAAUUAUUCUUAUCGUCAAAUAAAAUUGUAUAUAUUGAAAAUCUUGCACAUUUAAAAAAUCUUACCACCCUGGAAUUAGGUGAUAAUAAAAUACGAGAGAUUGUAAAUUUAGAUGAUUUAACAAAUUUAAUAAAUUUAUUUCUUGGCAAAAAUAAAAUCUCUAAAAUACAAAAUCUAGAAAGCUUACAAAAUCUUCAAUUGCUAAGUCUGCAAAGUAAUCGUAUAACAAAAAUUGAAAAUUUAGGAGAAUUAACAAAAUUGGAUCAAUUAUAUUUAUCUGAAAAUGGAAUAACAUGUAUAGAAGGCUUAGAAAAUUGUCCAAAUUUGACGACUUUGGAUCUGACAAACAAUAAAAUUAAAAAAAUACAGAAUAUUCAACAUCUUCAAAAUUUGGAGGAAUUUUGGAUAAAUAACAAUGAGAUUGAAGACUGGAUAACCGUGGAGAGCUUAGUAGCUAACAAGAAGUUACAAACUGUCUACUUAGAAAAAAAUCCUGUUUCAAAAGAUUCAAAUUAUAGACGUAAAAUUAAAUUAUUGUUACCUUGGCUCGUACAACUAGAUGCAACACUUUGUAGAUAAAAAGUAUAAUUCUGAAAUGUUAUAGAAGGGAAAUAACGUAAAAAGAUAAAUAACAUUAAUGUCACAAAUAUUCUGUUAAUGAUCUUGCACUUUUUGAUUUAAUAUUUUUCUAGGAGAUAAUUAAUCUCCCAAAAUAAAAAGUAAUAAAUGUAAUGUUAUUGAUAUCA